GAGCUGCUGCUCGCAUUUCGUUACGUACAGCGAUCGUGUUCGGGAACGCUUUCAGCCCGGUCUCUGUGGCCACCGACGACACAUAGACACAUCUGGACUGAAAAAACAACACACAUUUCCCCUCCCCAUCAUAUUGGCAUACAUUUAGUGUCCGGCCAGGAAAAUGUCGGGCGAUGUGCAGCCGCGUAAGCGCAAGGAUAAGCGCAGAAAACGCGAUGACGACGAGUCUUCCCAUGGCGUCCACAUUACAAAGAUGGGAAACGACGAUUUACACUUACACGUGCAUCACGAUCACGGCACCGGCGGCAAUUGGUGUGCCAAGAUCAUAUUCUUCUCUCUGAUGGCAGUACUCUUGGGCCUCGUGGGCCUGAUCAUCUUGGAGAAUCGUGGCCUUGAAGAUAUGGAUACUCCCUUGUCCGAGUCGCGCUUUUCCAACUAUUUUACUGGUUUGGUCGACGAGCAUCGAGGGGAGCAUGAUGCCCAUGAUGUGCACAAACCUUCUGGAGAGGCUUUGGAUGAGCAUGAUGACCAUGAUGACCAUGAUGACCUCGAAGAAGAAGAAGAAGAGCCUCUUUCGGAGGAAUUAGAUGAUGAAACAGAGCAGGAAGAGGACACAGAGCAAGAAGCGGAAACAGAGCAAGAGGAAUAUGAAGAAGAAGAAGAAGAAGCAGCAGAGGAGGAGCAGGAAGAAGAUGAUGAGGAAGAGGAGGAUAAUAAUGCUGGCGAAAACAUCACCGCCGAAGAUCCAGAAGAAGACGAGCCCUAUGCUGAGGCCACCGCAGAAGCUACCGUAGAAGCCACCGCCGAGUACGAUGUACAGGACUCCGAGGAAGAAGAGCCCGAGAACGAUGUCGAAGAUGACGUGGCAGAAUCUCAGGAACCAGCUCCUUCAACUGCGGAAUUGGAUGAGGAUGACGAUGAUGACAACAACAACGACGAGGCUGACGAGGUGGAGAUCGAAGAGUCUGUUCAAUCGAAAGCCCAAAGUUCCCCUACGACACCUAAAAGUGACAAAGAUGAUGCAGAUGAUGAGGAAAAAUACGAUGCCGAUGAUGACGACUUUGAGUCCCUAGAUGAGGAACCCGAAGAACUGGUGCGGCAAGUGAGAAAAGCCGACGUUGCAGAUAGCGAAGAGCAGGAACAGGAAGAUAAUAAGGAAGAGCCCACAGAAGAGGGUUCUUCCUGGUUGGCAUCGCUUGCCGUUAAAUUUGGCGUUGGCGUUGCACUUGCCUUAGUUUCACGUCUUGUAUUGAUCAGGAAAAGUCCGAAUACAACCGAAGACGAGCCGCCCCCACCGGAGGCGAUCAUGAGGCGCCGACUGACGAUUGCCACAGAGGAAGAUCAGAUACCAGACGACCUGGAGGAGAUUCCGCUGCUGGACGAUGAAUAUUCCGAGGAGGAAAUUGAAAUCGAGGAGGAGAUUGAAGUGGAGAUCAGCGACAUCGAAGAAGAGAAUGCUAGCGGUGAUGGCGAUGUGGCAUUAUCGGCCAGCUAUCUACCCGAGACUUUUGAGCAGUUGAGCUCCAUGUACAAGUCAUCGCCAGUGCCUCCAUCGAGUGAAACAAAGCCCCAAGAGCCAGAGAAGCCAGAGGAGACAGAGGAGCCACUGAAACCGUCGGGAUUCAGUGAUCUUUAUGUGGAAUACGAGGACGGGACCAUUGAGGACUACGAACACGAUGGAGAGACAGAUGAGGAGGACGAGAUAUCAGACGAGGAGGAGGACGAGAUAUCCGAUGUGGAUGACGCUGAUCUAAUGAGCAGACUGGAGGCCAAAUACGGCCGUCUGCCGGUCAAGGAGUACGAAAGCGAUCCGGACUCUGACGAUCCCACCUGGACACAAAUCAAACCCAAAGAUCCUAACCCAGAGGCGCCGGCUUCGGCACCAGCCGCAGAGGAUUCAUUUCAACGGGAGCUGCGUCAGGCCAAUGCCGAAAUGAUCCGGGAGAACUAUGCCCAAGCCCUGCGCUCGUUUAACACGCUCAUCCAACACUAUGCCGACGAGCCGUUGGCCCAUCUGGGUCGUGCUCAUCUCCUGGAGCGGCUGGCAGAGAGGGAGCGCAGCAACCAGCGACUGUGGGAGGCCAUUGAUUCCUACAAACGAUAUCUGGCCUUUGGCGAGCUGGUGGCCAGCGAUAGAGAGUUUCUUUCUGCCGCAGAACGCUGCAUCGAGCAUUUGCGAUUCAUGGGUUAUCAUCAACAAACGGUGGCCAUUCACGAGCUGCUCAUCGAGCGUUUGCCUGCUGCUCCUCGACUGCGCAAUCAACUCUCCCUCACCCAUCUCACGGCCAAUAACAUGCGGCUGGUGAAGCUGGUGGCAGCUGAAACACUGAAGCUCUGGCCAGCCGAUCCUGUGGCCCAACUCCACUACGGCCUGGCCCUCAAACAGCUCCAUGGAGACUACGAUCAGGCGCUGCCCUACUUGCAGAACGCCAUUGAGUCCAAGGCAGAGGGCACACAGGAGGCUUACUUCUAUCUCGCUCUGGGGGAAACGCUGCAACGUAUGUCCAGACAGCCAGAGGCUGUGGAAGUGCACAGGCAAGCCGUGGCCAUGGGACUCAUUGCCAGCGUCUAUCAGAGAUCGUUGUACAAUGAGCCCAAGCUGCGAGCCCAACCCUUUUGGCAGCCUUCGGAGACGGGAUACGGCGUGCAGUUGAGGAAACUACAGAAGAAUUGGAUGUCCAUCCGUAUGGAAGCCCUGGCUCUGCUCAGCCAUCGCGGUUACUUCGCAGAUGAAGCGGAGAAUCUGCGCCACAAGGGUAUCUGGCAGCAGUUUGAGCUCUUUGCGAAGGGUCAGCUUGUUAGGAAGAACUGCCAACGGGCCCCCAUCACCUGCGGUCUGAUGAAGGAGUUCCCCGAAUCCAGCGGCUGUCGAAGGGGACAGGUGAAGUUCAGUGUGAUGCAGGCAGAGACGCAUGUGUGGCCGCAUUGUGGGCCCACCAAUUGCCGCUUGAGAGCGCAUCUCACGCUGGUGGCUCCCGAGCCAGAGCGAACCUCUCUUCGAGUGGCAGAGCAGGAAAGCACCUGGCGCGAGGGCGAACUAAUCAUAUUCGAUGACAGCUUCGAGCACGAGGUCUGGCACAAUGGCACGCGUCCCCGCCUGGUGCUCAUCCUGGACAUGUGGCAUCCAGAUCUAAAUGCCGCACAGCGUCGCAGUCUGACGCCAAUCUGAGAUCGAUAUUGAGCGUCUUGUUCGAUUUUGUAAAUGGUUCCGGUUCCUAGGCCUCCCAAAUAGACAAUUUCCGCCCCGCUUUGUUCACUGUUAGUUGAGUCAUUCACUAGUUAUAGAGCCAUUAUACCCAGUACGUCUGUAAUUGUACCUCUUAGUUGUUAAGCUCAGUUGAAUGCGUGUUUAGGCCAUAGUAAAAUGCACUCUUGAUAUGUAUUUAACCGACGAUCUGCUUUGGUGGGCAGCUACUGUUUGCCUUUUGUACAUUAACUACAGAAUCAAUAUAAAGUUUUUUAGGAUUUGAAAAA